AGGUGGAUGAUUAGCUAAAGUGGUGUUCCUACCAUGUGUAUUGAAUUGAUCCAUUGUCUAAUUUUAUUUUCAAGUUUCAGCCUUACCACAACAACACCAGUCUGUACAAACGUCUUGAGCAUCAAUGGCUGUUGACACUUCUUCAGUGGCUGGGAUCAUUGCAGGAAGGGACCCAUUGGUCUACUCAUCAAGCAAUCCCAUUACUCUAUUUCUUUUCCAGGCCAUCUUCAUCAUAUCGCUUUGCCAAAUUAUCCAUAUCCCGCUUGGUUAUAUUAGACAACCAAGGGUCAUAGCAGAAGUCAUAUCAGGUAUUUUAUUAGGACCUAGUGUACUUGGCCAUGUGCCAAACUUUACAGAUACAUGUUUCCCUAAAGCUUCGGUUCCAUUAUUGACUCUAGUUGCGAACAUAGGUGUUAUUUUGUUUUUGUUCCUUGUUGGAUUAGAAGUUGAUGUCAAUUUUAUCAAGAAAAACUUGAGAAUAGCAUUAAGUGUUGGAUUGGUUAAUAUGGCCAUUCCAUUUGGUCUUGGAUGUGCUGUUUCGAUAGGUCUUUACAAUGAGUAUAGGAUCUUGGAUGAUAAUAUUCCAACUAUCAAGUUUACAACUUAUAUGGUUUUCAUUGCAGUGGCGAUGUGUAUAACCGCUUUCCCAGUGUUGGCAAGAAUUUUGACAGAAUUGAGGUUGUUGAAAGAUCGUGUGGGAACUAUUGUUUUAGCUGCAGGCAUUACAAAUGAUGUUGUUGGUUGGAUGUUGUUAGCUUUAAGUGUUACGUUAGCCAAUUCCGGUAGUGGGAUUAAUACAUUAUACAUUUUACUUGUUGUUAUUGGUUGGGGUUUAUUUGUGGUUUUCCCAGCAAGAUGGUUUCUUCAUAAAGUCAUUAUGAAGAAGGAUUUGAAAAAUGGAACUCUUUCAAGAUUUUCAAUCUUGAUUGUUUUGCUUUUCGUUUUCAUUUCAAGUUUCUUCACUGAUAUUAUAGGUGCACAUCCAAUUUUCGGUGCGUUUUUAGUUGGAUUAAUUGUUCCAAGAGAAUUUGGUUUUGUUGUUGAUCUUACAAAUAAAAUUGAAGAUCUGGUCCACAUUGUCUUGAUUCCAAUUUAUUUCGCAUUAGCAGGGUUUAACGUUAAUUUUGGUGAAUUGAAUCGUGGUAUUGAUUGGGCUUAUAUUAUUGGUAUUAUAAUAAUCGCUGUUGUUGGUAAAGUUUUCGGUGGGUUUGUCUCUGCAAAGUGUAAUGGGCUCUAUUGGAGAGAAUCUUUGGCAGUUGGUGUGUUGAUGUCAUGCAAAGGUAUUGUCGAAAUUGUUGUAUUAAAUGUUGGUUUGAAUGCAGAAAUCAUAAGUCAUAAAGUGUUUUCAAUGUUUGUUGUUAUGACAUUGGUGAGUACUUUUUUAACAACACCAUUAACCUUACUUGUUUAUCCAAUUUCAUAUCGUGAAAAAGUGCAAAAAAUUUUAAGAGGUGAAAUUGAUUGGGAUGGUAGGGAAUUAGAAAAAUUGAAAUCCAAUUCUACAGAUAUGACAGUUAAUGAUAAGUUGACACAACCUAAUUAUAGAUUGAGCAAACUUAUUUAUAAUGUUGAUAAUUUAAAUGGACUCUUACCUUUGCUUAAUUUUUUAGAAUUGUUUUAUGGACAUCAAGAAAAACUGAAAGAUUCAAAUCUUAUUCCUAUACAUGCCAUAUAUUUACAAGAAUUAACUGAAAGAACAACUGAUUUGAUUGGUGCUUCAGCACAAACUGAUUCAAGCUAUCAUGAA